GAGGGCGCGCCUCGCCGGCAAGGCCCCGGGCCCUCCCCGGGGCUGCGCUCCCGCCCGCUGCUCGCCGCUACCCCCGCACUGCCCGGCCUGAGCGCCCUGUCGGCACCCUGCCCCGGCCCGGAGGGGCGGUUCGUCCCCGUCCCUCGCCUCGAUGGGGUGAAGGGUAGGGGAGAGCGGCCGAGUCCUCCACUCUCCCAGAAUCCCUCGGCGCUGCCGCUCUCUCCCCCCGCCUCUAUGGUUGAGGCACAUGCUCUGUGCGUGGAGCCGGCGCGGUCUCCUCCCGCCUCGUCAGCAGGAGAGGGGCCUCCCGGCGGCCCCGGCAUGGCUCCCCCGACAGGUAACCUUGUGGACAGUCAGUCCCCCAGGCUGUUAGCAAAUCAGCUAAGAUGGGACCUGACUGCCGAACAGAUAGAAAAUAUGGCUGCGGAGCUCACAGAGAGGACCAAGCUUGUGUAUGACCGGGUGGGCUCCCAAGAACAGGGAGAAGUGUCCUACGAAAAUACUCUCAAGGCACUGGCUGAUGUGGAAGUGGAAUAUACAGUCCGUCGGAACAUGCUGGACUUCCCCCAGCACGUCUCUCCUUGCAAAGACAUCCGUGCAGCAAGCACUGAGGCUGACAAGAAGCUCUCAGAGUUCGACGUGGAGAUGAGCAUGAGGCAGGACGUGUACCAGCGGAUUGUCUGGCUCCAGGAGAAAUCUGAGAGUGCUUCACUGAAGCCGGAAGCAAAGAGAUAUCUAGAGAGGCUGAUCAAAUUGGGUAAAAGAAAUGGUCUUCAUCUACCUGAGGAAACACAGGAGAAAAUCAAAGCUAUUAAGAAAAAGCUGAGCGUCCUUUGCAUAGACUUCAACAAGAACCUCAACGAAGAUACCACCUACUUGCCCUUCUCAAAGGAAGAACUAGGGGGGCUCCCAGAGGACUUCCUGAACUCUCUGGAAAAGACAGAGGAUGGCAAGCUGAAAGUCACCCUGAAAUAUCCACAUUAUUUCCCUCUCUUGAAGAAGUGCUAUGUGCCUGAGACAAGGAGGAAGGUGGAGGAAAUGUUCAAUUCCAGGUGCAAAGAGGAGAAUUGCUUGAUCCUCAAGGAGCUGGUGGACUUGCGGGCUCAGAAAGCUAGUCUCCUGGGCUUCAACACUCACGCUGACUUUGUGCUGGAGAUGAACAUGGCUAAAAGUAGCCAGACAGUGGCUUCUUUCUUGGAUGAGCUGGCCCAGAAGCUGAAACCCCUUGGGGAGAAAGAACGGGCUGUGAUUCUGGACCUGAAAAAGAAAGAGUGUGAGAAGCGAGGCCUGGAGUUUGACAACCGCAUCAAUGCCUGGGACAUGCGCUACUACAUGAAUCAGGUGGAGGAGACCAAGUACAGCGUGGAUCAGAACCUGCUGAAGGAGUACUUCCCGAUGCAAGUGGUCACCACAGGCCUGCUGGCUAUAUACCAGGAGCUGCUGGGGCUCACCUUCCAUUUGGAGGAGAAAGCUCAGGUCUGGCAUGAGGAUGUCCAGCUUUAUACGGUGAAGGACACCUCCUCUGGGGAGACCAUCGGCAAAUUCUACUUGGACCUGUACCCACGGGAAGGGAAGUACGGGCACGCAGCCUGCUUUGGCCUGCAGCCAGGCUGCCUGUUGCCAGACUCCAGCCGGCAAAUCUCGGUGGCUGCCAUGGUGGCCAACUUCACCAAGCCCACACCAGAUGCGCCUUCCUUGCUGCAGCACGACGAGGUGGAGACAUACUUCCAUGAAUUUGGGCAUGUCAUGCACCAACUGUGCUCGCAGGCGGAGUUUGCCAUGUUCAGUGGGACGCACGUGGAGCGGGACUUUGUCGAGGCACCAUCCCAGAUGCUGGAGAACUGGGUGUGGGAGAAGGAGCCACUGCUGCGCAUGUCCAGGCACUACAAAACUGGAAGCCCUAUCCCUGAUGAGCUGCUGGAGAAGCUAAUUAAAUCUAGGCAGGCAAACACAGGGCUGUUCAACUUGCGUCAGAUCGUCCUGGCCAAGGUGGACCAGGCGCUGCACACCCAGACAAAAGCUGACCCGGUGGAGGUGUUUGCCCGGCUGUGUGAAGAGGUGCUGGGUGUUCCUGCCACCCCAGGUACAAACAUGCCAGCUACGUUCGGCCACUUGGCUGGAGGCUAUGAUGCCCAGUACUACGGCUACCUCUGGAGCGAAGUGUAUUCCAUGGAUAUGUUCCACACGCGCUUCAAGCAGGAGGGGAUCAUGAACUGUAAGGUGGGCAUGGAUUACAGGAACUGCAUCCUGCAUCCUGGUGGCUCUGUGGAUGCUUCCGACAUGUUGAGGAAGUUCUUGGGUCGCGAGCCCAAACAGGACGCCUUCCUGGCCAGCAAAGGACUGAAGGUAGAGAGCAACUCGCUGCCUUCGGCCUGCUGAGAAACUGCUCCAGCCCAUUCGAGUCAAGCCAGCUCCUUUGUCUACGCACCGGUCCUCCCAGGCCGAGCAAUACCUGGUACUUCUGUCACCAAAUGCUUCCUGGGCCAGUCCCCACCCGGGCAGUUGUUCCUCCAGGAUCCUUCUCUGAGCUCACCUUGGGCCUCAGGAACUGGAUUCAGUCCUGGUCCAGGGCUCUGCAGUGACAGCUCUGCAGAGGGAAUUGAAUUGCCUUUGUCACCCUCCCUAGAAGGGGGAUGAGGCUGUCACUAGCCCACAUAAAUUAGCUGAACUUUGAACCUGAUUUCUGCACAAGGGUGAGUUUUAGCCUUGUCAUUAGCUGGAGAGGAGGGUGAGAGGAGUUACUAAGCCUGAAUCUCAUUUUAAAAUCCAUCUUUCUAAGAAAUGAGACUUCCCACAGGGCUCAGCUUGUUUUAUGCCCCAGGGUAGAUUUACUGUUCCGACCACAAAACAAAUGGCCUGAGAAGCUGUAUUAGGAAUCACGCUCUCCCUGCCUUUGGCAGCUGGCAGCUGUGGGAUAAAGAUGGGAAGAUCCUAAAGCUUAAAAACUAUUGAUUUUACCUCUCCUGACCUAUGUCCUUCCUUGAGUCCUUCAGAUGUUCCUGCCUGGCAGCCAGCCUGGGAGGGUGUUUGUUACUCCGGCAGGGCAGGGGAGGCAGGAGAUGGCCUGUGCUCCCCAGAACAGGGGGCUCUGAUGAGCACGGCGUGAGCUGCUCGCCUCUCUUGCUGGCAGAGGCGUCCUUGGGGGUUGUUCCUGUGCUGGUUGUCCCUGGCUAAUGAGCUGCUGUCCAUGUGAGGUCCUCACACGUUCUGGGGAGGCUUGCUGGCUUGGGUCUCUGCUAGCCUGGGGAUCCCUGCAGUGUGCUGUCCUGUUCAGUGCACCUCUGCACUGUUGUGGGUGCUCCCCUUUCCUCUGGGGGCGUUUGGAGGCAGUCUUGGGGUAUCCUUGGAGCUUCUGGGAGCCUCUGCUGAAGGCCAUCUUGGGGCAGCUGAUGCCUGCAGGGCUCAGGUCAUAGCAGCAGAGGGUGGGUUGCUAUUGCUGUCACCUCUAAGCCAGGGUGGGCCUGGGAAGGGCUGUGGAAAAAAGCAGACAGCUUCAAACAACACAGAUGCCUGGGAUAAAAAUACUGAGUAGGCCUCGUGCCAGGGCAGGGCCCUUGGGCGGGAGGCUCUCGGGUACGGUGCCAACGCCAGGGGACAGCAGCCAGCCCUGUGCCCGGCCUCGGGAGCAGUGUGGGCUGUGCCACCUGCCGCCCCUAGCUGUUGGCCUGGUCCUGAGGAGGUUUUAAACACGUGCCCAUGUGGCAUGCCUCCCUCUGCUCGCUCGCCUCUCCUCCCUCCAGCACUGUUCCUCCCGCCACGACAGCCCAGCGUGUGGGAUGGCAGCUCUGUGAGGGCCAAGUCAGACCCUCCAGAGAGGAGCAUUGAUCCCAAAGAGCAAAGUGUGAUUUCUGGCUUUGCUCAUUUCUGUUUCCUCCUUUGUAGCCCGAGGAGGAACCAUUGUGCAGGCUGGCAGAGGUUUUAAUAGCAAACGUUAGGCACAGGUGGAGGAUGGAUGAGUUCCCUGCUAGCUGUGGGGAGCUCUGAGACGCUCGUAUGUGCACCCCGAGGGAUUUCUCCUGUCUCUGCAGUAGAUGACCCUGUUACGAGGGCUGUUCUUGUCUUCUGGUGUUCCUCCUGCAUCCAUGACUGGAAGCAAGAGGAAUGAUCCUCCAGCCGGGCCCCGGGGUCUCCCAUUCUUUCAGGUGCUCUCAGGUGAUUUUUCUCUCUGUUCCCACCCCACCGCCUGCCUCGGAGCCACUCUAUGUGCCGUGACUUAUUCAGGGCCGUGGAAAUAGUCCCUGCAGGGCUCUUCUGCUUCUCACGACCUGGGUUUUGCUCCUGCUGUGAGCAGGUGGAGGGCUGCGGGCCCGGCGCUGCGUGCGGGGCAAGGCUGAGCGCUCGGGCUCGCCACGCAGCGUCCCGGCGGCUCCCAGGCCUCGGGCUGUGCGUGAGAGCUGGCAGCUCCUCCCCGACGUGUCGCCUUCCUUCCCACGUACGCGGAGGUUUCCCUCCCUGGCUGGUCGUUUCCUGUACUUCUCCCCUCGUCCCUUGUGCUUACGUUUGAGCUGUGUCGCUAGAACAUCUUCCCUCCCCUCCGAUUACAGCUGGUUUCGUGGAGCAGCUGCUGCUGAGAGCAUUGGAAGAAAGCUCGCUCUGAGUGCAAACAAAGUCAUUGCUGUGACCUCCCUCUCCUCGUCCCCAAUCCCCCCGCCCCGGUGACAGGGGAAGGUCAGCACCAUCCUUCCUUGCCGGUCACCUCCUGUGCUGGCGCGUGGACGGGUCUGUAAGCAGCAAAGCGGCUCCUUGGUGCUUGUUGGGGCAAAUUCAGGCAAAUUCUUUCUUCCCCACCCCCCCUCCGUUUUAGGCAUAGGCGAGUGUCUGUCCCGGGUGCUGGCUGCACAGGGCUCGGCGCUCUUGAAUUGACGCUGUGGGUGUUUGUGUCAUGUUUUACUGAGCUUUCAGGGUUUUCUUUCAGACCUCUUUUCCUCUCGAGGGAGAGAACUGAAGCUGAACGGGGAAACCGCGCACUUUCCUCCCUUCUUUUCCCAGGCCACAAAUAACUUUGUCCCUCCCUCAAAUAACUUGUGCUGGUGCUGUGAGAGGUGCUGCUGAAGGCUGCUCCCAGGCAGAGCCCCGGCCGGGCUGCGACCUCCACCGGGAGCCCGGAGCCGAGGGGCCGGCCCCGGCGGGCUGGGGCACGCGGGGGGACGUCGCUCCUUUCCCUAGCGCUGCUCCUGUCCCGUGUCCUGUGCGCACGAGAUCCCAGAGAACAGAACAGUCCUGCACCAGGCUCCUGGCAGCUGUGCCGCAGCCCCCAGCUCCGUGCUCCCUCCCACCCCCCUCCCUCAUCCCUGCCUGGGAUUUUUUUUUUUUUUUUUUUUUUUUUUUUGCUGUUAACCUUUUCCAAGGGCAAACUGGUGUGUGUGCCGUUUGUACUGGUCGCGUCCCACCCUGCUUGUUUCCAUGAUUGGAUUUUAGACAGUUCCUAGCACUAAUAAAGGUUUUCGUAAGUGGA